AUGACUACUGAACAGGAUCCGGUGGACGCGCUGGCCAUUAUCGGUCUAAGUGUCAAAUUCCCACAAGAUGCCACCACGCCAGACGCAUUCUGGGAAAUGCUACGAGAAGGCCGCUCAGCUGCAUCGAGAGUCCCGGCUGAUCGUUUCAAUGUGGAUGCCUUCUACCAUCCAGAUCCGAAUCGACUGGACAGUUUUCGUGUCCGCGACGCCCAUUUCAUGGCGGAAGAUCCACGCGCCUUCGAUGCUUCUUUCUUUAACAUGUCCGCUGCUGAGGCAUCUGUAUUAGAUCCCCAACAGCGUGGACUCCUAGAAAGCUCAUACCACUGCUUCGAGAACGCCGGGAUUACACUACCGUCUCUAGUUGGAUCCAAAACGGCAGUUUUUGUCGCGUGUUUCGGCAAAGACUACGACGCAUUCAUUGCUCGCGACAUCGAGGCUAUGAGUCGGUACCACGCCACUGGCUCAGGAAGUAGCAUGUUGGCAAAUCGUAUCAGCCACGCAUAUGAUCUGAGAGGCCCCAGUAUCACUGUCGAUACGGCAUGCUCUGCGGGCCUUUCAGCCUUCCACCUUGCCUGCCAGAGUGUCUUGCAUGGCGAGAGCGAGAUGUCACUGGUGGCCGCAGGGAACACCUACUUAACGCCAGAAUCGCUGACCAUCCCAUUGGACGACGCGGGCUUCCUCAGCCCUGACGGGCGCUGUUACAGUUUCGACUUCAAGGCGAACGGUUACGCACGUGGCGAGGGGUUCGGCGCGGUGCUAGUGAAGCCGCUGCGUACUGCACUUAGAGACGGCAACGUGAUCCGCGCAGUCAUACGGGCAACUGGUGUGAACCAGGACGGCCGCACGCCCAGUAUCACACAACCGAGCUCUGAGGCACAGAUCAAGCUCAUAAAAGAUACAUAUGUCGCAGCAGGACUCGAUCUGGCUACUACUCAAUAUGUCGAGGCACACGGUACCGGAACCCCGACUGGUGACCCCAUUGAAGCUGCAUCCAUCGGCAUGGCGUUCAGCAAGGAUCGAGAUGGUGACAAACCACUUUAUGUUGGGUCUGUGAAAAGCAACAUAGGCCAUCUGGAAGGGGCAAGUGGACUCGCCGGGAUCAUCAAGACUGUGUUAGCGCUGGAGAAGGCGGUAAUACCGCCCAUUUGCAACUUCGAGAAAGCGAAUCCGGCUAUCGACCAGGAGAAGCUGCGAAUAGCAUUCCCGGCGAAAGCAUUGCCUUGGCCCUCGCCCGGACUACGAAGGGCUUCAGUGAGCUCCUUUGGCUAUGGGGGAUCCAACGGCCAUGUGAUUUUAGACGAUGCUUACAAUUACCUACGUUUGCACGGAUUGGACGGUCUUCACAAGUCAGUCGAUCUUUCACAAAAUGGCUCGACACACGGCAGUAUUCAGCAACUCAACGAGCUCGAUGAAGUUCCCAUACAAAAGCGGCCGUCAUCCACCAUCUCAUCCACGGGGACACCAGAUGACAGCUAUGACUCGACACGUGCAUCUUCGCCAUUGACAACGGAAGUAAUAUCCUCUUCAGCCUCGAGUCUCUCAGGAUAUGAACAAGAUGCGUAUAAGACGACCAUAAAGGGCAUCCUGCCACUCUCGGCUGCCGAUGAAGAUGGCCCAACACGAGUUGCCAGCACCCUCUCUGAGUACCUGAAAACAGACAUUGGCCGCACCCAUGACCUGAAAAACGUCUUGCACACGCUGUCGGGAAACCGCACCCACCAUCCUUGGCGUACUUUUGGUGUGGUAGAUCAGUCUGGUGUGCUUGACCUGGUCGUCGGUGAGACGCUUGCGCCUGCUGUGCGUGCUGGCCACAUCGCCCCUUUGCUGCAUUUUAUCUUCACGGGACAGGGCGCACAGUGGGCUCGCAUGGGAUUCAAGCUGCUACAUUUUGAGCCCUUUUCCCAUUCACUGCAGAAAGCAGAUGCCUACUUGCGCCAAGAGCUUGGUUGCGAAUGGAGCUUAAUGCGGCAGCUGGAGCUGACUGCGGAUACGGGCAGCAAGAUCGGGCAGCCGGCGCUUGCCCAGCCCCUGACCACUGCCCUUCAAGUGGCCCUGGUCGAUCUCAUGAAGAGCUGGGAUGUUGUACCCAGUAGUGUAACUGGCCAUUCGAGCGGCGAGAUUGCUGCUGCAUAUUGCGCCGGAGCACUGAGCCGCGAAGAGGCCUGGGCUAUCGCUUAUUUUCGUGGCGUUGUCACAGAGAAGCUGGCGUCAAAUACCCAGCGCCCAAAGAGCGGAAUGAUGUCGGUCGGUCUAGGUGCCGAGAAGGCGCAAGCGUAUCUCGAGCAAGAGGGGGUAGCCGACCGUGUGUCUGUCGCUUGUAUCAACAGCCCCUUCAAUGUCACCAUCAGUGGCCAGACCGAUGCCCUGGACAUGGUAUACCAAAGCCUCGAGAAAGAUGAGCUUUUUGUACGGAGACUAGCCGUCCAAGUCGCUUACCACAACUCCAAUGUCAUGUCCGAGGUUUCCGAUGAGUACGGGCGGAUUCUCUCCAAGACACUUGUGGGCAACCUGCCCGACGUCCAGGAUAGCUCGAUCUCCUUUUUCUCUUCUGUCAUCGCUGGACGUUUGACUGAUAUGAAGGAGCUCAGAACGCCUUCAUACUGGGUGCGCAACCUUGUCAGCCCCGUUCACUUCUCCGAUGCGAUAGGAAGUGCCGUGCAAGAGUCUUCCGGCGUGAAAACCGCCCGCAACAACUCGCACUUCUUCGUCGAAAUCGGUCCUCAAGCGGCAUUGAGGCGCCCUACUCAAGACACAAUGAAGGCUCUUAGCAAAGAGAAAUUUCAGUACAUCAACACCUUAGACGCGAAAAAGAACGACGUGUCGUGUCUUCUGGGUGCACUAGGCCAGCUCUGGUGCGCGGGAGUCAAUAUCGACCUGGUAAGGGUUAAUAGGUCUUGUUUUGACACACUCGAGGGCAAAGACGCACCUGCCGAGCCCACAGUCAUAGUUGAUUUGCCCUCAUACCCUUUCAGCCGUGCCAGGUUGGAUUGGGCUGAAAGCCGUCUCUCGAAGGGCUUCGCUUUCCGCCCGCACCGACGGCAUGCGCUUCUCGGCUUGGCCGCGCGGGACUGGAACCCCAACGAGGCAAGCUGGCGGCACCUUAUCCGGUACGCCGAGAACCCCUGGAUUAUGGACCACACUGUCAACGGAUCUUCGGUGUAUCCUGGCGCAGGGAUCAUCGUCAUGGCUAUAGAAGCCGCUCGCCAGAUGACUGAGACCCAACAGCAGUACCAGAGCAAGGGAAAGCAGCAACGCAUUGUUGGCUACCGCGUGGCUGAUGUUCGCUUCCUUCGCUCUAUUUCUGUUGACACAUCUGAGCGCGGGAACGAAGCACAGCUUCAUAUGCGCCAGCGCCGCGACAACAUCAAUAAUACCCUACAAAAAUGGUAUGACUGGCGCGUAUUCACCAUAGGAGCUGCAGACGAGUGGUUAGAAGCUGCGCAUGGAAGUAUCAAAGUCGAGGUCGAGACCAUCGCCCCCGGUGAUGAGACUACUUAUCGGCGCCAGCAGCGUGAAUUUGAUCGACUUCGUAUGGAACACAAACGGAUUCUUGAUGCUUGCAAAUACAAGACGUAUCCGGAUCAGAUGUACGGCAACAUCCGUGCACAUGGUAUGGACUACGGGCCUUAUUUUGCCCGCCUAAGCGAUAUUUCAUACAGCAAUGACGGGCGAGCGACGGCUUCUGUGACAACCAGGGAUUACGCUGAAAAGAUGGAAUAUGCAAACGAGGACCCUUGUGUCAUUCACCCAACGACUCUCGAUGCCUUGUGCCAUCUCCAGAUGGUCUCUGUCUCAGCCGGCGGUCUCCGCUCUAUUCCUGCCAUGAUGUUCACACAUUGCCGUGAGAUGUGGAUUUCAAACAAAUUGUUUGAGAUGCCAGGGAAUUUGAAGCUUCAGGCGGCUACGACCGAGACAAUGCGUGGGUUUCGAGAGUGUGAGUGCGACACGGUGGCGUUGCAUGCAGAGACGGGGGAACCAAUGGUCAUCAUCCGCGGCGAGCGUGGCACGGCCAUUACGAGUCUGGAUCAUGAUCAUGAUGCAGAGCCAGUGGCAGCAUGCUAUCAGCUUGCGUAUCGGCCUGAUCUCUCAUUGAUGGCCAAUGACGAGGCUUUCGACUUCCUGAUGAACAACACCUUCAAGGACUUCGCUCUCCCUGACAAGAACUGCCUGGACCGGGUUGAUGCGAUUGUGAAUUACUAUGUGAAGAGAACCCUUCAACUUCUUGAGAAGGAAGGUUUCACAUCCCCUACUGACCAUCGUACACAAUAUAUUCAGUGGAUGAAACGACAGUACGCUAAAAAGUCUCACCAAGACUUUGACGACCGCUCAGAUAUUGAUGUCGAAGCGUUAUUGUUGGCAGAUCCUGCAGAGCCUACCGAGGGGCUUGUCAGAAGAGUUGGUGAAAAUCUGCACAAUAUACUGACAGGGAAGGCGAACGCUUUGCAAAUCCUUUUCGAAGGCACAUUGAUGCAGGAAUACUAUUCGGCCGAGGUCUUCCAGAUCCACUGUGACCGCGUUGGAGCAUAUGUUGAGCUUCUGGCCCAUGCUAACCCCUACCUGCGGAUUCUCGAGGUCGGUGCCGGAACUGGCAGCUCAGCAGCUGGGGUCUUGCCGUAUCUGACUUACUACCAAGGAGACGGCAAGAAGACACCACGGAUUGCCGAGUACAUGUACACAGAUAUCUCGCCCGGCUUCUUUGAGAAAGCUCAGGAACGGUUCGCCGACUAUGCGAAUGUGAUGAAAUACAAGAAAUUGGAUCUUGAAGAGGACCCAAUCCCUCAAGGCUUCGAGGAAGGCUCCUACGACAUCGUCAUCGCUGGCAACGUGCUGCACGCGACCAGCGACUUGGCCCAGUCACUUCGUUCCGUCCGUCGCCUGUUGAAGCCGGGCGGCAAGUUUGUCAUGGUGGAAAUUACUAACCCUCAAAGUGCGCGAGAGAACUUCAUAUUUGGACUGCUGUCAGGCUGGUGGUUGCGUGCAUUGAGCGGGUCCUCGGAAUGGGUCUUCCCCAACCAAGGCCCGCUCCUCACCGAUUCACAGUGGAACGAUGCCUUGAAGGAGGCGGGCUUCUCAGGAACGGAUCUCCAACUCAAGGAUCAUGAUAAGCUACCCUACCACCGACUGUCAACUUUGGUUGCCACAGCUGUCGCUGUGGACUCAAAGGUAGAAGAGCCUCCUCAAAGAACGACUUACAUUGUCAAACGCGACGGCUCAGAACUGCAGACAAAGUUGGCAGAAUCCAUAAAGAAUCAGGUGACAGACCACACCGUGACCGUCACUAAUCUCGAAUCAAUCAGGGAAUUUGAUCUCACGGGGGCCAAUACGAUUGCGUUGCUUGAGGCCAACGACAGCAUUCUGCAUGAUCCCGAUGAAGACCAAAUGUCGGCCAUCAAGCACUGUGCUAUGGGCUCGCGGCGCAUGGUAUGGGUCACUAGUGGUGGAGGACCUCAAGCUCGACGCCCAGAGGCAGAUAUCUCGCUUGGCUGGGCCAGAACAGUAUGCACUGAGCGCGGCGACCAAGGCGUCAUAGUCGUGAGCCUCGAGUCGCCUGAAAAUACUAGCCAUAGCUCCGGCCUUAUUACCUCCGUCUUACGCGCCACUGAGGACGACGACCAAUCUUGGAGUGAAUCGGAGCUGGCUGAAGUUGGUGGCGUCCUUCAGGUUCCUAGAGUGGCUCCUAACGGCCGUUUGAACGACGUCAUCACCUCGCGAACUCAUAUCCCCAAGAAGCAGACCUGUUCCAUCGGCCCUGAAGUCGAGAAGCAUGUCAGCUUGUCCAUAAAGAACCCUGGCCUCCUCGACACUCUCUACUUCAAGGAAGUAGCUGGCGCUGGGGCGCCUCUAGGGGACGGCGAGGUUGAGAUUCAAGUCAUGGCUUCCAGCAUGAAUUUCAAAGAUGUCAUGAUCGCCCUGGGCCAGAUUCCAUCUCACGGUUUUGGCUACGAUGGCGCUGGCAUUAUCAAUCGCACAGGUCCCAACUGCAAAUACACGAAGCCUGGGGACCGCGUCAUGUUUGUCUCAAUGACCGGUGCCUUCAGCACAUUUGUUCACGUGUCUGAGCUGCUUACACAAGCGAUGCUGGAUGGAAUGUCCUUUACGGUUGCUGCCUCAAUUCCUGUGAUCUACAGUACAGUGAUCUUCUCCCUGGACUAUAUCGCCCGCAUUCGCCCUGGUGAAUCCGUUUUGAUUCACUCUGCGGCUGGUGGUGUAGGCCAGGCUGCCAUCAUGGUUGCCAAAAAGCGUGGCAUAAAGGACAUUUAUGUCACAGCAAGCAGUGACACAAAGCGCGAGCUCCUGGUGGGCAUGGGGAUCCCGGACGACAACAUCUUCUACAGUCGCGAUACGUCAUUCGUCGACGACAUCAUGCACGCGACUGGCGGCCGCGGCGUGGACGUGGUCCUAAACUCACUGGGAGGAGAGCUCUUGCAACAGAGCUGGAAGUGCAUCAAGACAUUUGGACGCUUCGUCGAGAUCGGCAAGGCUGAUAUCCUUCAAAAGACAGGCCUGACCAUGGAGCCUUUCGAGCGGAACGCUACGUUCUCGGCUGUAGAUAUGUACGUGGUCGUGGAGAAUGCCCAGGAGACCAUGAAACAGGUCAUGACAGAUGUGAUGGACCUCUGGUCCAAAUACCCUGAAGAGGUACACGAGCCACGGCCACUACAUGUCUAUCCAGCAGCCAAAUUCGAAGACGCCAUGCGAUACCUCCAGAGCGGAAAAAACAUUGGAAAGACUGUUAUUGACUGGUCUCAGCCUUCCGAAGUUACUUACCGGCCAAUGCUGCAGCCCGCCUACAAAUUCAGAGCCGACGCAUCUUAUGUUCUCGCUGGUGGUCUUGGCGGCCUCUCGCGAGAAAUAGUCAACUGGAUGAUAAGCCGUGGAGCUAGGAACUUCAUAUGUCUAUCACGAUCCGGUGUGGAAGGAAACAAAGAGGGUCUUAAAUUCAUCGAGGAGGUUGAAAAGUCUGGCGCUACGAUCUUUGCUCCAGCUUGCAAUAUUGCUGAUCGAGACGCCCUGGAGAGAACACUGCGUGAUUGUGCGGACAAGCUUCCCCCGAUCAGAGGGUGUAUCCAAGGUGCCAUGGUACUUCAUGACGAACUCAUGGACAACAUGACAGCCAAGGUAUGGAAAGAGCCGCUGGAGCCCAAGUACCACGGUUCUUUGAACCUCCACGAGCUCCUCCCACAGGACCUCGACUUUUGCAUCUUCCUGUCUUCCUUCGCUGGUGUCAACGGCAACGGAGGACAGAGCAACUAUGCAGCUGGGAACACGUAUCAGGCCUCUCUGGCUCGGCACCGACUCCAGAAGGGCCUACGCGGCAUCACCGUGGACCUGGGUCUAAUUCUUGAGGCUGGCCUCGCCAACUCGAAUCAGUUCUUCGUUCAGUCAGCACUGCGGGCUGGCUUCACAGGCGUGACGCAGGACCAGUUCCUCGGUCUACUGGACGCUGUCUGCGACCAGUCCUACGACUACAGCCAGCCCGGAGCGGCCGAAGUCAUCCAUGUCGUCGACAGUCCGAAGCAGCUGUGGGAGAAGGGCGAUCAGAGCACAGUGGCAUGGAUGUCGAAGCCAAUGUUUCGCAAUCUACAUCGUCUCGGCGCUACGUAUGACAGUUCAGCUGACGCAGCUGGCGGCAAUGGGCUGAGAUCAGAAGACGAGGUAGAUUACCUGUCCAAAGUCUGCAAUUCGGCAUCGGAAGAAGAGGCGGCGGAGAUAAUCACGCGUGGCCUGAUACAGAAAUUGGCCAAGUCGCUGUCUCUCCCCGAGGCAGACCUGGACCCCAGUAAGCCGGCUUUCCGUCUCGGUGUGGACUCCCUGAUUGCUGUUGAGGUCAGAUACUGGUUUAUGAAACAACUGCGGGUCGAAGUUUCUGUGUUGAAUAUUCUCAAGGACCAGAGUCUAUCUGAACUGUGUUACUCUGUGGUUGGAGAGAUCUUGAAAUAG